AUGAGGAUGAAGACUGUUGGGGUCGUUGUGUUGGUGCUGUGUCUUCAUCAGGAGGCCUUGUCUUCUGCUCAGGAGUGUCCAUCGACCCACGACCUGCUGAACUCGCUGCGGCAGGUGGAGAAGAUGUUGGCGGUCCAUGAGGCGUCCUACCAGCACGGAUUGCGCUCCCUCAGGAAGAAGAUGAGCGCUCUGCAUAACAGCACCAUGGCCAUCUUUAAGGCCGGCGCAACCUGCCCCAAACCAGAACCCCCUACUCACGGACGCAGACUGGGCAGAGUGUUUGGCAUCGGACACGAAGUCCACUUCCUCUGCAAGCCUGGCUACGAGCUGAUUGGCCCACGAACCCGAGUGUGUAUGGACUCUCUGAAGUGGAGCGGCCAGCAGCCAAUGUGCAGGCGUAACACCGGCAGCUCCCUGGCAUCCUUCUCUCCGGCUGUUUCCUCCUCCUCCUCCUCCUCCCUCCCUGUCUCUGCUGCUCUGUCAGCAUCCUCCUCCUCCUCCUCCUCCUCCUCCUCAACUCCCCCCUCUCCUGUCUCCUCUUCAUCACCCACAUCUUCCUCCCCCUCCUCCUCUGUCCGUCCGUCUCACUGCACACACUUCCUGGGCUCCACCCGCUGCACCUGUGACGUGGGUUUCACCAUAUCUGGCCGUGACAACAACAUCUGCACUGAUAUCGACGAGUGCCGUCUGUUUCCUCUCGGUCAGCCCGGCCGGCUCUGCGUCCAUCAAUGUGUAAACACGCCCGGCAGCUUCCACUGCUUCUGUCCGGCCGGCUACGAACUCGCCAGAGACGGCCGCAGCUGCACAGACAUCGACGAGUGUGAAAACCGGAUGCACAACUGCACAGCGGCCCAGGUGUGUGUGAACACCUACGGAGGUUUCCAGUGUGUGACGGUGGAGUGUCCUCACGUGAAAAACGCCACGUACAUCAAGACGUCACCGAUGCGCUGUGAGAGGAACCCGUGCAUGCUGGGAGACAAAGGAUGCAGUCAGGCACCAAACUCCAUCUCCUUCCACUUCCUGUCUGUGGUGUCUAACAUGUCAGCCCCUCGCGUCCUCUUUCGGGUGUCGGCGGCUCGUGUGCUCGGUGACACGCUGCGUUUCGGGCUGGCCGGAGGCCGUGGGCGAGGCCACUUCAGCGUGCAGCGCUCCGGCCGACAAACCGGGACCCUCCUCCUGGUGACUCCCAUCAAGGGUCCUGCCACUCUGGAGGCUGAGGUGGAGAUGAGCGAGCUGGAGCGCCACUCCCUGCUGGGCCGCUACCUCACCAAGGUCACCCUGUUCGUUUCUCCAUACGAGUUUUAG